ACCAUCACAUAGGCCCGGCGUCCGGAGCGAUAAUCAGCGAAGAUGGUGGUGGUGGCGCGGGUGGCCGGUGGGUUGCUGCGCGCCCUCCUCUUCGGCGUCUUCGGGGCGGCCGGGACGGUGGUCGGCGCCGCGUACGGCCUCCUGUCUGGCUUCGUCGACGACGAGGACGGCUUCGCGCAGGGGACGCUGCUGGGGGCGCUCGCCGGAGCGCUCAUGUCCCUCGACCUCGUCCACUCCCUAAUGGCCAUAUGGGGUCACCGCCGCCAUGACGACCACUGCUCCCCCUUGGACGCUCACGCCGGGCGAAUCAAGCGCACCAUCGGCGCCGUUGUCCAACUCACGGCUCUCGCCGACCCGCAGUACUGCGGAAGACGAGGCGACAGCGCCGUCGUGGGCCUCGACCGGCCGGCAAGAUCGUCAAGCUUCGGCUUCUUUCCGCCGGUGGCCGUCGGUGCUGCAAGUGGCGGCUGCUGCCCCAUCUGCCUCCAGGAGUUCGAGGCCGGCGGCGAGCGCGCGGGGCGGCGGCUCCCGGCGUGCUCCCACGUCUUUCAUCUCGAGUGCAUCCGUAGCUGGCUCCUCCGCAAGCCCGACUGCCCCAUGUGCCGUCACGCCGUCCACUAGCUCUGUCCAGCGGCAAAGAGGUCAAU